AAAAAUGAAAAAUCACAAAAACUAAGCCUACACCACCGCCGCAAGGAGUGGCAUAUUGCCGCCGUCCAUUAAGUUCGCCGUCCGUCCGUCUAUCUAGCUUCCGUGGUGCUCCAAGCCUUCAACCCCUGUUCGCUGUCAUCGAUUGCAGCUGCUUCCUUGAGCUCGGCGUCCGUCGUCUUUGUCUGCUCACCCGCGCUUCCGCCGCCGUUUCUUCGCCGUUCACGUUCGUCUCUUCGUUCAGCCGCCGUAUUCCUUCGGUUUCUUCGCCGUUCACGUUCGCUCGGCGUUCACCGUUCGCGUUCACUCGCCGUUCACCGUUCGAGUUCGCAUUCGCGUUCGUCUGGAAACCUCGUUGCUCUGCGACCAACCCGCGCGCUCCACCUAGCCGUCGAACUGCUCUCUUUUGUCGCCGCCUUUUUUCGGUUAAACUACGGUUAGACCGGUUAGACUAGUGAACCAGUGACUAGUGCGGUUUGAUGACUGUCCGGUUUUCAUUGGUCUCCACCAAACCCAACCUUCACUCACGGCAACAACUUCACCUGCAGAGCAGGACAGCGUUCAUGCUUUAACUACUACCUCUCUCUUGCCGCCUCUGCUGUUGAAAAUAACUUAGAAUGAGCCAUAAAUUGCAGGUUAUGAAUAUGUAACCAGGAAAAGGAGUUGCCAAUUGCAGGCAUGUCCCGUUCCACACACAUCCUCCAUCACUCCCACCCCUUCUUCACCUCUGCCGCAACCUCUGCCGCCAUCACUGCUGCCGCCUCUCCUGCACCCACCACCCUCACGUCCUUCACCGUCACGCCCCCAGUGCACCCCUGGCCCCGCCGCCUCACUCCUAAAACCCUUGCCUCCCUUAUUUCCCGCCAACACGACCCAAAUCUCUCCCUCCAAAUCUUCCACUACGCCCUAACCCACCACCCCAAUAGCAACAACAACCACCUCGCCCACCACCCUAUUCCCUUCAACGCCAUCAUUCUCAAGCUCUCCCGUGCCCGCCACUUCCCCCAAAUCGAUGCCAUCCUCUGUGAUUCCCAUAUCACUGACGAACAACCGCUUAUAACGCUUAUUCGCGGGUACGGCCUUGCUGGCCGCCCAAAAUUGGCACUCAGGACCUUCACGAGGAUCGAAUCUUUUGGGAUUCAACCCUCCACGAAGGCCCUGAACGCCACGCUUAAUGCCCUGGUUCAGUGCAAGCGCUAUGAUUUAGCACAUUUUGUUUUUAAGAAUUCUAUGGCCAAAUUUAGGGUUGUGCCCAAUGUGGUUAGUUGCAAUAUUUUGCUGAAGGCUCUUUGUAAAGGGAACAAUGUAGAUGCAGCGGUUAGGGUUUUGGAUGAGAUGCCUGCAAUAGGUGUGGUGCCCAAUGUAGUUAGUUACACUACUGUUUUAGGUGGGUAUGCUUUGAGGGGUGACAUGAGGGGUGCAAAGAGGGUUUUUAUGGAGAUUUUGGGGAAAGGGUGGAUACCUGAUGCAACUACUUACACUGUCUUGGUGAGUGGGUUUUGUAGGCAAGGGAUGUUUGUUGAUGCAAUUAAGGUGAUGGAUGAGAUGGAGGAGAAUGGGCUUGAGCCUAAUGAGGUUACUUAUAGUGUUAUGAUUGAGGCGUAUUGUAAGGGGAAGAAGUCCGGGGAGGCACUUAAUGUGCUCGACGAUAUGCUUGGGAAGAAUCAUGUGCCGAGUUCGGCGCUGUGUUGUAGGGUUGUUGAUAUGUUGUGCGAGGAAGGGAAUGUUGAGAACGCUUGUGAGGUUUGGAGGAAGCUCUUGAGGAUGAAUUGCAGCCGCGAUGAUGCUGUCACGGGUACUCUUGUUCACUGGCUGUGUAAGAAGGGGAAGGUGAUUGAGGCAAGGAAGGCGCUUGAUGAAUUUGGGGGUGGUGCGGUUCCAAGUCUAUUGACAUAUAACACAUUGAUUGCCGGAAUGUGCGAGAGAGGGGAGCUCUGUGAGGCUGCUAGGUUGUGGGAUGAUAUGGUGGAGAAGGGUCGCGUACCUAAUGCAUUUACUUAUAAUAUGUUGAUUAAAGGAUUUUGUAAGGUUGGUAACGUGAAGGAGGGAAUAAGGAUUCUAGAGGAGAUGUUUGAAAGUGGAUGUUUGCCUGACAAAUCAACAUACACGAUAUUGAUUGAUGGGCUUUCUUGUGCAAGAGGGAUGAUGGAAGAAAUUAACAAGGUUGUUGCAUUGGCCGUAUCCGCUGGAGCUGAUGAUGACAUGUGGGAUAUCUUCCUGAAAUCUGUUGCAAAUAAUUUAAAUUUGAAUGCAGCUGAAUUUGAUAGGAUAUUGUUGGAGAGUGUCUCAUGAGGUGCAGUGAAAAGCAUGUUAAAGAAAUUGUUGUUUAACCAUGUCAGUGUAAACACAUCAAGGUGCACUUUUUCCCUUGGAUCUUUCAACCGCAAACAGUUUAUCCAUUGUGAAGGUAUGCUUCUACAUUGUAUACUAUCCAGUUAGUGAACUUGGAAAUUUUAACCAAUUGACAGGGGACCAUUUCUUGGUGUAUUUUGUGUAUAAUCGGAUUUGGUUCCGUCACAGCAGCAGAUUCAUCUUGUUCUGCAAAUUUAUAGAAGGUUGGUUAUCAAAAUAUGGUGAAGUUAGUGAGCAAGUAGCCAACAUGGUUUGGUAUUAUAGUUUAGGUAGCUGCUUCUCAGUGUUUCUAAAUAUGGCAUGAGCAUCUUCAUUAAAUUGUUGGCCUUAUAAGGGGUUUCUUUUUGAGUGUCGAAGACCGAGAAUUCCUGGAACAAAAGAAAAUGAUUCUUAAUACACUUGGAUGGCAUGGACAAGGUAUUCUUUCAGUUCUUCCACUUGGUGCUAUAAUGUGUUACCUAUAUUUUGCUGUGAGGUUGCAACUUGCAGGGUUGUUUGGAGAAAUUUGUUAGGAUCAUUUGUAAGUAUUGGGAUGUCCUUCUAGAUCCCUAUGUUGAAUUUCAUUCUCGUAAUUUAUUUGGGAGAUUUUAGGAGAUGAAAGGAGCAUAAGGUGCUAUGAAGCUAUGCCUCUUUGCCAUAAUGAAGGUGCAUUUGAUUGGUUUUCUAUGCUUA